AUUACAAGUUCUGAGCCCAGUUAGAGGAUUCUGGGUGGCAGAGCAGCUGGACUGGACCUGAGCUGUAUCUCUGACUCACCUCUGACUUCAGUUCUUUCAGUGGAGAAAAUGGCUAAGAUGCUCGUUUUCAUUAUUGUCACCGCUCUAGUAAUGGAUGGCGAAAGCUGGCCUCUGGACAACUGCUCCCAAGAAGAGGCGCGGCUCAGAGCCCAGGUGUACCUGCUUGAGACCCGGGUCAAACAGCAACAGGUGAAAAUUGCACAGCUUUUGCUAGAGAAGGAAGUCCAAUUCCUUGACAAAGGAGAGGAGAAUAGUGUCAUUGACCUUGGAGGCAAGAGGCAAUAUGCAGAUUGUUCAGAGGUUUUCAAUGAUGGAUAUAAGCGCAGUGGGUUUUAUAAAAUCAAGCCUAUCCAGAGCCCAGCAGAAUUCUCUGUUUAUUGUGAUAUGUCUGAUGGAGGAGGCUGGACAGUAAUUCAGAGGCGAUCUGAUGGCAGUGUGAACUUUAACAGAGCCUGGAAUGACUAUGAAAAUGGCUUUGGAAAUUUUGUCCAAAAAAAUGGUGAAUAUUGGCUGGGUAAUAAAAAUAUUCACUUAUUGACCAUACAAGGAGACUACACUUUGAAAAUUGACCUUGAAGAUUUUGAAAAAAACAGUCGUUAUGCACAAUAUAAAAAUUUCAAAGUUGGAGAUGAAAAGAGUUCCUAUGAGUUGCACUUUGGAACAUAUUCGGGAACAGCUGGAGACUCCCUUGCAGGGAAAUUUCACCCUGAGGUGGAGUGGUGGGCUAGUCACCAAAGAAUGAAAUUCAGCACGUGGGACAGAGAUAACGACAACUACAAAGGGAACUGUGCAGAAGAAGAUCAGUCUGGCUGGUGGUUUAACAGGUGUCACUCUGCAAACCUGAAUGGCUUAUACCACAGAGGUCCCUACACGGCUGAAACGGACAGUGGGGUGGUCUGGUUUACCUGGCAUGGAUGGUGGUAUUCUUUGAAAUCUGUGGUUAUGAAAAUUAGGCCAACUGAUUUUAUUCCAAAUACUGUUUAAUCCUCCCUGGUUGGAUCUCAUUUCUGCUAUGCAUCUUGAUUUGAAAUGGUUUAAAGAAUAGCUAUUUUGAAUAUAUAGGGUGAUGAUGUCAAUCGUGUGUGCUACUUUGCAUCCUUAUUUGCUUUUACAUACUUUCAGUACAAUAAAUAUGUAAUACUCAAUAAACAUAGAUUAUGUUAAUA